CAUCGACCGCGUCUCGUUCUGCCACUCGCUAUGAGCUUCGCUCCCAGCUGACCAGCCCGCAACGGCUCACCAGUUCCCACCCAGGAGACAUCUGCCUGCCUAUAUAUACGGGUCAUACUAGCACGCCAUUGAACUGCACCGUCGCACUUUGCGUUUUCACCCCCACUCUUCUGCUCAGAACCCCCUCAGGAAUCGUCCCCGAAGCCUUUACUCAUCGUCCAGCGCAAUGGCCACGGGAAACAAGCCCCUCCUGCUCUACACGGGUGCGACCCCGAACGGUCACAAGGUGUCCGUCUUCCUCGAGGAGCUGAAGGCAGCCUACGGCAGCCCCGACUAUGAUGUGUUCAGCAUUAACAUUAGUACCAAUGUACAGAAGGAGCCGUGGUUCAUCAAGCUGAACCCGAAUGGCCGCAUCCCGACGCUCGUCGAUCGCUCGCGGAACAACUUCGUCGUCUUCGAGACGGCGGCGAUCCUGCUGUACUUGCAGCAGCACUAUGACAAGGAGAAGAAGUUCGGCUUCGACCCUGUGACACAGGCGGACGACUACAGUGUGAUGCUGCAGUGGAUCUUCUUUGCUCAUGGUGGGGUCGGUCCCAUGCAGGGACAGUCUCACCACUUCAACCGAUACGCGCCGGAGGACAUUCCGUACGCCAAGAAGCGUUACAUCGACGAGACCAAACGUCUCUACGGCGUCUUGGAGAUUCGUCUCUCGCAAGACCGUGACUGGCUUGCGGGCCCAGGCCGGGGGACAUACAGCCUUGCGGACAUCAACGUGUUCCCUUGGGUUAGGAUCCACAAGCAUGCAAUGGUCGAGACCCUCGAUGAAUGGCCGAACCUGAAGGCUUGGGUUGAGAGACUGCUCGCCCGGCCUACUGUGCAAGCAGGUAUUGCUGUUCCGUAAUCAGACGUGGCGUUGUGUGUGGCUAGUGUGUGUGGGGGGCGGCAACUCAAUAGCACUGUACAUAAGUAACUGUAAUACCAAAUGUGAUCUACAGUCAUCAACGGCUCCUUGAGACACCCAAAUCGUAUUCGGUCUCCCAUAACCGUUCGCCUUCCUCUGCGAGAGAUCGGACUUGAGUGUCGUGUUACGACAUGUUUGAGGCAUGUUAUGAAUAUUCAGUAG